AUGAACUGCCAGACGUCUCCGUCGUCUAUUUUCUCCCCGUCAUCUCUUUCCUCCGCAGUUAUCGCUCCCUCCUCCUCUCUCGUCUGUUCAUCACUACCCCGUUCCUCUCCCCUUCCGCGUCAGCUCAAUUCUCACCUCAAUUCGUCCACGACCCGCUCCCAUGCCGCUUCUUCCGUGUUUCGCGGCGCGUUUGACGGCCUGCACCUGGCUGAUGUGUUCCAACACGCGCAUCUGGCGGUCGCGCUGGUGCGUAUAGAACAGGAGGGGGCGGCGCUGGUGAUGGCGAGAACAGGAGGGAGCGACGCUGGUGAUGGAGAGCCUGGGAGUGCAGCAACACCACCUGCACGAGACAGCGCUGGCGCGGCUCAAAGGCGAGCUGGACCAGGACGGGCGCUCUCCUCUUCCUUGUUGACUGCAUUGACUGCGUUGACUUUCAGCUUGGGAGUGCUGCAGCAUCGCCUGCAUGAAGCAGCAUUGGUGCGCCUCAAGGGCGAGCUGGACCGGGAUGGCCGCUCCUCGGAAUUGAUCACCAACCCCUCCUCGCGUCCCUCCACCAGCCCCACCAGUCCUAGUAGCAGCAAGAGUCCCAGUUCGCCAGUCCGCAAGGGGCGUGGGAAGAAAGCAGCAGCGCAGCAGAGCGCGUUGGAGCAGUUAUGCACGGAUCUAACAGCCAUGGUUGCGCAAGGGGAGAUCGACCCGUCCCACCCCACGCUACCCCAACCCACCCUACCGCAUUCCUCCCUAUCCCACCACCAACCAGCAGCGCAGCAGAGCGCGUUGGAGCAGUUCUGCACGGAUCUAACGGCCAUGGCGGUGCAGGGAGGGAUCGACCCCGUGAUUGGCCGAGAGGAGGAGGUCGCCAGGGUGAUCCCCGCUCAUCGAACCAGCAACAACCAGCUGCUGCUAGGCGAACCAGGGGUGGGCAAGACGGCUUUAGAUCCUUGCUCGUCGCACCGUGAACAACCCUCUGCUGCUGGGCGAGCCAGGGGGGGCAAGACGGCCAUCUCCCCCUUUUCUAUGCCUCUGUUCGUCCUUUCGUCCCCUCUCUCACUCUUCCAUUCUCCCGCCCUCCUCUCUUGCUCCUUACCCCCUCAGAUCCAAGCUCGUCGCACCAAGAACAACCCGUUGCUGCUGGGGGAGCUGGGGGUGGGCAAGACGGCCAUGUAUAGCCCUCUUUUCACGCAACCGCUUCCCCCUGUUUCUCACCUCCCAAUUCUCGCGUUUUCUCCUUCUCCUCCCCCUCAGAUCCUCGCUCGUUGCACCAAGAAUAACCCUCUGCUGCUGGGCGAGCCAGGGGUGGGCAAGACGGCCAUAGCGGAGGGUUUGGCGCUGCGCAUCGCCGAAAACGAUGUGCCACCGUUCCUGCAGGUGAGAGGUCAUGUUGCUGGGGUGGAAAUGGGGACGGCCAUUGCAGAGGGGCUGGCGCUGAGGAUCGCCGAGAACGACGUGCCACCGUUCCUACAGGUGAGCGGUGUUGUGCUGCGGAGGGAAUGGGUUGACAGGGGGACAGGGUGCAUAGCAAAGGGGUUGGGCAAGGCAGCCGUAGGGGAGGGCUUGGCGGGAAAGCGCCUUCGGUCGCUGGACAUGGGGAGGGUGAUGGCAGGAGCAAAGGAGAGGGGGGAACUGGAACUCAGAGUGACUAUGCUGGUGGCAGAGGCGGUGGCAGCAGCGGGGGAGGUGAUCCUGUUGAUAGAUGAGGUGCAUACGAUGGUGGGAGCUGGCGCCGUGGGGAGGGGACGGGACGGCGGAGGAUCGGGAUUGGACAUCUCGAAUCUGCUCAAGCCUGCCUUAUCACGCGGCCAGAUUCAGCUGGAGCCGCAGGAAGGGGACGAGGCAGGUGGGGGUUCAGCUUCAGACAUCUCUAAUCUGCUCAAAACUGCUUUGACUAGGGGAAAGAUUCAGUGCAUCUCCACCACAACCACCAAUGAGUUUUGCGAGCACCUCGAGAAGGACAAGGCUCUGGCUUCGCAUCUAAUGCACUCCCACUUGCCCCCACCCUCCCCUCCCGCCCGCUUACACUCUAACCCCUCGCUUACACACCUUCUCCUCCUCAACCACCAGUGCAUUGCCACAACCACCACCAAUGAGUUUUGCAAGCAUCUGGAGAAGGACAAGGCUCUGGCUAGGCGCUUUCAGCCAGUCACUGUGGACGAGCCUUCAGAGGCGCUUUCAACCCGUGACUCUGGACGAGCCCUCAGAGGUGAGUGGGAUGCUCUUUUAUCGUGUGCGGAGAGGGCCAAAGCAUUGGCCAUGCGGUUUCAGCCGCUGACUGUGGAAGAGCCAUCAGGGGUGAGUGGGUGGCUGUGUUUUGAGUCGACUCAAAAGUUUCAGCCGCUGACCAUGGAAGAGCCAUCAGGGGUGAGUGGGUGGCUGUGUUUUGAUUCGACUCAAAAGUUUCAGCCGCUGACCAUGGAAGAGCCAUCAGGGGUGAGUGGGUGGCUGUGUUUUGAGUCGACUCAAAAGUUUCAGCCGCUGACCAUGGAAGAGCCAUCAGGGGUGAGUGGGUGGCUGUGUUUUGAGUCGACUCAAAAGUUUCAGCCGCUGACUAUGGAAGAGCCAUCAGGGGAGGCGGCUCUGGCGAUUCUGCACGGCCUGAGGCACCUAUACGAGGCACACCACAAGUGCACUCUCACGGACGAUACUCUGGCAGCAGCAGUCACCCUCUAUGCUUGUUUCAUCCCCGAUCGCUGCCUGCCCGACAGGGCAAUUGACCUGAUAGACAAGGCGGCUAGUAGGAGCAGGGUGGAGGGCAGCAAGGGGAGGAGGCGGCGGGCGAGUGGGGUGCUGGAGAGGGGUGCAGAGGAGUACUGGCGGGAGAUUCGCAUGGCGCAGGCUGCACACGAAGCGGUGAGAAUGGGUGCAAUGCGUGCCUCAAAGCGAGAAGCCUGUAGGAGCAAGGUGGAGGGUAGCAAGGGGAGGAGGAGGAGGGUGAGUGGGGUGCUGGAGAGGGGUGCAGAGGAGUACUGGCGGGAGAUCAGGAUGGCGCAGGCUGCACAUGAAGCGUGUGGCAGUAGAGCAGCGGCAGGGGAGGCGGCCUGCCGCAAAGCUCUCACCUCAUUCACCUCUUUCCUCUCCCUCUGCUGUGUUCCCUCACUCCUCAUCUGUUACUCCUCAUCUGUUCCCUUGCUCCCCUUUUCCCUUGCUCUUUUGCUCCUUCGUUCACUUGCUCCCGCAUAUGCUCGCCAGAAUCCCUUCACCUCGCUCACCUCAUUCCUCUCUCAAGACCACGUUCAUGCCGACACCACCACCGCUGCUGAUGCCGCUGCUGCUGCUGGUCGCUCCAAGAGUGGCAUCACUGGCAGUGACAAGGAGGACGGUCUCACAAACAAUCACACCCACGCUGACACCACCACGGCUGCUGACGCCGCCGCUGCUGCUGGUCGGUCCAAGAGUGGCAUCACUGGCAGCGACAAGGAGGAUAGCACCACGGCUGCUGACGCCGCUACCGCUGCUGGUCAGUCCAGGAGUGGCAUCACUGGCAGUGACAAGGACGACAGCCCCACGGAGAUCACAGCAGAGCACAUAGCAGCAGUGGCCGCCCACUGGACCGGUAUCCCCCUGCAGCAGCUCUCCCUCUCGGACCAGCAGCACCUGGCAGGGCUGGAAGAGGCACUAGAGACGCGCGUGGUGGGGCAGGGGGCAGCUGUGCGGGUGAUAGCACGGGCGGUGCAGCGAGCGAGGGUGGGGUUGAAGGGGGAGGGAAGGCCGGUGGCGGCUCUGCUGUUCUCGGGACCUACCGGGGUGGGGAAAACGGAGUUGUGCAAGGCACUGGCAGCUCACUACUAUGGAUCGGAAGAUUCCAUGAUUCGUCUAGACAUGAGUGAGUACAUGGAGCGCCACGCUGUCAGCAAGCUGAUUGGAGCGCCGCCCGGCUACGUGGGGUACGGCGAGGGCGGCAAGCUCACGGAGGCCGUCCGCAGGCGGCCGUUUUGUCUUAUUCUCCUGGACGAGAUCGAGAAGGCACACCCGGACGUCUUUAAUCUCCUGCUGCAGAUUUUCGAAGACGGGCGGCUUACUGACUCGCAGGGCCGCCACGUGUCGUUCAAAAACGCCCUGAUAGUCCUGACGUCCAAUGUGGGCUCUCAGGCCAUUGCAAGGGGGGGCACCCACCGAAUCGGCUUCCUCACUCCAGGAGAAUAUGCAUCUGCUGAUGGGAAUAGGGGGAGAGAUGGGGGCAGAGAGGGACGGGCGGAUGCGGGGCGGUAUGCGGCGAUGAAGGAGGUGGUGAUGGAGGAGUUGAAGGCGCAUUUUCGACCGGAGCUCAUGAAUCGGAUUGAUGAGGUGGUGGUGUUCCGAGCACUGGAGAGGGAACAGUAUGCGGCAAUGAGGGAGGUGGUGAUGGAGGAGUUGAAGGUGCACUUCCGGCCUGAGCUGAUGAAUCGCAUUGACGUGGUGGUGGUGUUCCGAGCAUUGGAGAGGGGAACAGCACAAGUGGGGCGGUAUGCAGCGAUGAGGGAUGUGGUGGUGGAGGAGUUGAAGAUGCACUUCCGGCCAGCGCUCAUGAAUUGGAUUGAUGAGGUGGUGGUGUUCCGAGCAUUGGAGAGGGGAACAGCGAUGAGGGAGAUGGUGGUGGAGGAGUUGAAGGGGCAUUUCCGGCCAGAGCUGAUAAACCGGAUUGAUGAGGUGGUGGUGUUCCGAACUCUUGAGAAGGAACAGAUCCGAGUGAUUGCUAACAUGAUGGUCAAGGAGUCGGCUGAUAGACUUGCACAGAAGGGAAUCAACCUGGAAAUUUCUGAAGUACUCAUGGAGCGGAUUUGUGAGGAGGGGUACGACAGGGCGUAUGGGGCGCGUCCACUGCGAUGUGCCGUCACGCGAUUGGUCGACGAUCCAAUCAGCGAGGCUGUGCUGGCAGCGGGGGAAAGCAGCAGCAACACCAGGCACCGCCACCGCCGCGUCAGCAGCAGUGACCUGUCGGAAUCUCUACCAUCCGUUCCUUCGCUGCUGCUCCCUGCGAUCGCAGCUGACGCCAAAGAAGAUGACACCAGCGCACCCCUGGGUGACGUCAGCGGGGUCAGGGAGGGCGCGUUCACAGCUGGCGACACAGCACUGGUGGAUGUCGGGGAGGAUGGGGAGCCGGUGGUGAUCCGCCUGCCUCGCCCUGACGUGUGUGAGAUGGGUCUGUGCCUUCCGUUUCUCAAGCUCCCUGCUGCCGCUGCUCCCACUCUCUCCCUCCCUGACUAA